CAAGAGGUCAAAUUAAAUCUAACCGUUGAUUUAGUAACCGUUACCCGGAGCCCCGGCUCCGCCACCCACAAAUCUCUCAAAACCCUAAAUUAAUUUAAAUUUCACUAUAAAUUCAACUCCCCCUUUCUCCGUCCCUACACACAAAAUUCUUUUUCAUUUCUCUCUGUUUCUCAAAAAUUCUCUCAAAUUUCAACAAAAUGCGUGAGAUUCUUCAUAUUCAAGGUGGACAAUGCGGCAACCAAAUCGGUGCCAAGUUUUGGGAAGUUGUUUGUGCUGAACACGGCAUUGAUUCCACCGGAAGAUAUGCCGGAGAUGCUGAUCUUCAGCUUGAGAGAAUCAAUGUCUAUUAUAAUGAAGCUACUUGUGGAAGGUUUGUUCCAAGGGCGGUUCUUAUGGAUCUGGAGCCGGGUACCAUGGAUAGUAUUAGAUCUGGUCCUUAUGGACAGAUCUUUCGUCCUGAUAACUUUGUGUUUGGACAAUCUGGUGCUGGUAAUAAUUGGGCGAAAGGGCAUUACACUGAAGGCGCUGAAUUGAUUGAUUCUGUUCUUGAUGUGGUUCGUAAGGAAGCUGAAAACUGUGAUUGCCUUCAAGGGUUUCAAGUUUGUCAUUCAUUGGGUGGAGGAACAGGUUCUGGUAUGGGUACCCUUUUGAUUUCUAAGAUCAGAGAGGAAUACCCAGACCGAAUGAUGCUUACGUUUUCGGUUUUCCCUUCCCCUAAGGUAUCCGACACCGUCGUUGAACCUUACAAUGCUACUCUGUCUGUUCAUCAAUUGGUUGAAAAUGCUGAUGAAUGUAUGGUUCUUGACAAUGAGGCUUUAUAUGAUAUUUGCUUCAGAACCUUAAAGCUUACCACCCCCAGCUUUGGAGAUUUGAAUCAUUUGAUAUCAGCAACAAUGUCUGGUGUUACCUGUUGUUUGCGUUUCCCCGGGCAGUUGAACUCUGAUCUCCGUAAGCUGGCUGUCAAUUUGAUUCCAUUCCCAAGGCUCCAUUUCUUUAUGGUUGGGUUUGCGCCUUUGACUUCCCGUGGUUCACAGCAAUACAGAGCUUUGACUGUCCCCGAGCUUACACAGCAAAUGUGGGAUGCCAAGAACAUGAUGUGCGCAGCUGACCCUCGCCACGGGAGGUACUUGACUGCCUCAGCUAUGUUCAGGGGCAAAAUGAGCACGAAAGAGGUCGAUGAGCAAAUGCUCAAUGUGCAGAACAAGAACUCAUCCUACUUUGUUGAGUGGAUCCCUAACAAUGUGAAAUCAACUGUUUGUGAUAUCCCACCUACUGGACUUAAGAUGGCAUCCACCUUCAUUGGUAACUCAACAUCAAUUCAGGAGAUGUUUAGGCGUGUAAGUGAACAGUUCACUGCUAUGUUCAGGAGAAAGGCUUUCUUGCAUUGGUACACUGGUGAAGGAAUGGACGAGAUGGAGUUUACCGAGGCUGAAAGUAACAUGAAUGAUCUUGUGUCGGAGUAUCAACAGUACCAAGAUGCCACUGCUGAUGAAGAGGGAGAGUAUUAUGAGGAUGAGGAUGAAGAUGAUGCUCAAGAGGAGUAAAUUGAAAACGUUUUAAUAUGGAUGAAGCCAAACCACAACUUCCAGUUGAUGUUCUUUUUGGCUAUGAGAUGUAAUAGUUCAAAACUUGAAUCUUUAAUAUUUUGUAAUAGUUCAAUUUGCUAUGGAAGACUACUUUCAAUGUUGUGAUA